CGACUGUCCUGUGGUACACCCGUUAGUGAAGUGUCGUGUGCUUGGACUGUUUGAGAAGUGCUACGUGUUGCUACGUGCGUAGACCUUGUAUCGCUCGAGUGGCCACAUGGUUGGCCGGUGACCUAACGCUCUGCAGACACCAGCGGGAAGAUGAAGCCUCGAGGGUUGAGCGUCAUGCACGCCUUCUCUGCACUCACUAUGCUCACUAUGGCCAACGCUCAAACCACUUGUAACCAAGGCAUGGGUCGAGUUAUGUACGAGAGGCUUCCCAAUCAACAGUUACACGGAUUUGAUGACGAUGUCAUACGUGAAACAGCACCUCCAUUUCGCGUGUUAGAAAAAUGUCAGGAUUUGUGCCUUCGCGACAGAUCUGGUAACGGUCUCGUGAGAACUUGCAACUCCAUUGAUUUCCAACCUGGAGCCAGAAUUGCUGCAUUUAGUCCUGAACCCGAAUAUGAAGAAUCGACUUGCUAUUUGACAAGGGAACAAGCUGCUCCUGAAGGGAUAGGAACUCUUAUGAUUGUGCCGAAUAGCGUCCAUUUUAAUGAAAUUUGUUUGACGUCAAAUCGACCGGAACGCGAAUGUCCUUCACGGCGCUAUGUGUUCGAGCGUCAUGCUCGCAAACGGCUGAAGUUACCACCGUCAGACCUGAAGGAAAUCAUGGUUGCCAACCGCACGGAAUGUGAAGACAAAUGCUUGGGAGAAUUCAGUUUUGUUUGUCGUUCAGCUACUUACGAUUCGGCGUUAAGAACUUGCUCUUUAAGCAGAUUUACGCGACGGACUCAUCCUGAACUUUUAGAGGAUGAUCAUAAUGCGGAUUAUUUGGAAAACACUUGUUUAAAUGCCGAAAGAAGGUGUGACGGUUUGGCCGUGUUCAUAAAAGAAGAAAAUAAGCGCCUCGGUGGUCCGUUUGAAGCUGAUGUCUUCACCAACAUGACUCUGGAGGAAUGUCAGUCUAUGUGUGUUAGAGCUGAAAAAUACUUCUGCCGUUCCAUCGAGCAUGAUGAAAUGACACGUCAAUGCGUUUUAUCUGAAGAAGAUUCUGUCUCUCAGAAGGACGAUAUAACAGUCAGCGCAUCGCCCACACACCACUUCUAUGACCUCGUCUGUCUUGACAACCCUCGCGGGACCGAGUACCCGGACAACAGCGUGACGUCACACCUGUUCUCGCCCGGGAGGAGGCCAGAUACCGCGUUCCAGAGGUACCGGAACAGCAGGAUAACCGGGGAGUUCCAUUCGGAGAUCACGGGCAGAUCGCUGAGUGAAUGUUUGGAUGAGUGCUUGCGGCAGACGAGCUUUCAGUGCAGGUCAGCAGUAUACAGUGACCGCGCAAGGACUUGUCGACUCAGUAGAUACAAUCAGAAGGAUGGCAUGCGUUUGCUGUAUGAUCCCGACUUUGAUUAUUAUGAAAAUCUUAUGCGUGGUAGCAACAGUGAUAGAGAUAGAGACAGGGACAGGGACAGGGACAGGUAUCCUCCAGGCGUAGACCGCUAUCCAGAUGAUGAGGAUGAUGAUGACAGAUACUACGGCCGUCCAGACCGGUAUCCACCUGAUGAUCGGUACCCGGCUGGCCCUGAACCUUAUCCUGACAGAUAUCUUGACCGGUACCCAGACAGAUUCCCAGAUGACAGAUACCCACCUGGAGUAGGGCCUGAACGCUACCCAUCUGAUCGAUUCCCACUGCCUUCUGAUAGAUACCCGCCACAAUCUGACAGAUAUCCUCUCCCAUCUGAUAGAUAUCCACCGCCUUCUGAUAGGUAUCCUAUAUCAUCUGAAAGAUACCCACCACCGACAAAUAGAUACCCUGUUAUAGCUGACCGUUAUCCACCUCAAUCUGACCGUUUUCCACCGCCAUCUGACCGCUAUCCAAUCGCACCGGUAGAUCGUUAUCCACCGAGUGUAGACCGGUAUCCAACCAGAGUUCCAAUAGACAGAUAUCCAGGUGGUGGCCGUUAUCCCAUCGACACCGAUAACGAAAUCGACAGAUAUCCGGAUCGAUAUCCAGUCAGUCGCUAUCCUGUUGACGUGUACCCAGAUCGGUAUCCACAAGACAGAUAUCCGAUACGCGGCAGCGGGAGGUACCCGUCACGCCCUUAUCCAAGAUACCCUGCAUACGAUCAGGACCGUUAUUCCGGUAACGACUGGGGCCGGUAUCCAUACAGCAGAUACCCGGUUGGCGUUAACCGGGAUCCUUUACCUUUGGGCGGGGAUCGUUAUCCAGAUAUGUAUGACAAAUAUCCGCCGACCGGAUCGUCAUAUCCUGGAUAUGGACGUGGUGGUUAUUACGGCCCUGAAUAUCCCCGGGGUGAUCGGUAUCCCACUAGUGAUCGCUAUCCAGACAAUGUUAUAAGGCCAGGUUCUGACAGGAUUCCAGUGGAACCACGACCUACAUAUGGUGUAAGAAGGCCCAUAGAAAGACCCGGUGGAUACAGAGGAAAUUAUGCACCUCCUGUGGAAAGACCGAUAGGUGGUGGUGGAUACGGUGGCUACGAGCCUGACGGUCCAAUCGCUCCAGUUGGAGGAUCAAUCGGCGGUAUUGGCCACAUUGGGCCAGUCAGUGUGCCAGUAGGUGGGCCAAUCGGUGGACCGAUCGGACGACCUCCAAUUGGACAAAGACCUUGGCAAGGAUCACGAUGUGAAGACGACAGUUUCAGACAAGUUGGCAGACAGCGAAUGCAGAGAAGAUUUGUUCGCCGAUUUACAACCGCUCAGUCUUUGGCGCAUUGCCAACGCGAAUGUAUUGAAGCUAGAGAUUUUAUUUGUCGAUCGUUCAAUUACAGGGAUGUAGGUUUCGGCGUGGAACCUCGGGAUAACUGUGAACUAAGUGACCGGGACACGCGCGAGCUUGACGCCGCUAAUCCUGCGCAUUUCGACAACACAGCUAAUGAAUACGACUUCUACGAAAGGGCGCUUGGACGCAUUGCGGAUGAUUGUUUGGAUGUGUCCCAAGUAUGCAAUGAAGACGGGAUGGAGUUCACGCUACGCCUUCCUGAAGGCUUCUACGGUAGAAUGUACACAUACGGUUUCUACGAUAGAUGCUUCUUCCGUGGAAACGGUGGCGUUCAAAACGUCUUGCGUAUCACCGGAGCACAUGGUUACCCGGAGUGUGGGACACAGCGGUAUGGAGAUACAAUGACAAACAUCGUGGUAGUACAAUUCAGUGACAACGUACAAACGUCCCGGGACAAGCGCUUCAACCUCACGUGUCUGUUCAGAGGACCUGCUGAAGCUGUGGUCACGUCAAACUACAUUGGAGCUGGUUUUGGAUAUGACUUGGUUGACAGGUCAGGAAGUCCGAUACCAAUAGAGUAUCUACCCGAGGAGAGUUCACUGAACUCCAAGGUCCGAUUGUUGAUACUGUACCAAGGAAGACCGACAACCACCAUCGCUGUUGGUGACCCGUUAACAUUUAGGCUCGAGGCUCAAGAUGGAUAUAAUUAUGCAACGGAUAUCUUUGCUACAAAUGUUAUUGCUAGAGAUCCUUAUUCGGGACGAUCUGUGCAGUUGAUUGACCGUGUUGGAUGUCCCGUGGAUCCUGAUGUAUUCCCAGAACUGGACAAAGGUCGCAAUGGCGAUUCACUCGAAGCUAGAUUCAACGCAUUUAAAAUACCGGAGUCUAAUUUCUUAGUGUUCGAAGCUACUGUGAGAACGUGUAGAGAUGGUUGCCAACCGGCGUAUUGCCCAGGCCAAACUGGACGCACGGAACCAUCUUUCGGCCGACGUCGAAGAGAUGUGAACUCUACAGAAGUUCUACAAACGAAUACGACAGAAGUAAAAGAUGAAGAAACUACCAAUAAGACUGACGGGAAAGACAAUAUGUUCAAGAUAUCAUACGAAGAAGCCAAGGUCGAUAAGUAUUUGAAGGAUGAAGUGGAAACGCCGAGCCAUGUGAGGAAAAUGAUAGAGGUAUUCGACAACCGCAACGAGUUGCUAGAAGAGAAUGGCGCAGAUUCAUCGCCCGUGGUGUCGGCGGCCGGCGUGUGCGUGACCCCGCAGCACUACCGCGCGCUGCUCGCCGCGCUGUGCUCGCUGCUGUCCUUGCUGCUGGCCAUGCUGAUACUCGCGCUGUACAUAUACAAGCGUUACUGGCGUGUGUUACGCAAAAACAUCCAAGCGUCGAGUCCCGUGCCCGCGCUGCGACCGGCCGCGCCCGGACCGAGGCCGACACGACCCUCGCUGUUCUCUGCUUCACAUCUACAUAAGCCGUUUUCUUUGAGCGGUUUAGGCAGGAAUUACUCUGAUGUGGGCGAAGAAGCCGGUUCUUCUGGACGCUUAGCGAACGCAUUCGAUGACGGAAGCGAACCGAUUUACACUGACCCCUCGCUCUUUGAACGAUCCCGGUCUCUUAGGUCCUUGCAUUCAUUGGACUUGAAACCCGACAGACUCGAACAUCACGCAUAAAAUAUUAAGUACUUAAUUUGCAUCGGGGUAAUUACAAAUGACGGGUCAAUCCAAUAAUUUCAACAUAAUUAAAAAACUAUGCUAUAUUAAGUAUAUAUUAUUAAAUAUUAUCAUACAUACCACGAUAUUUACAAUAAAACGACCCUUUGAAGUUGUAUUCAGAAUUUUCAAAAUUUACCCCAUAUUCGUAAUUACCCCGAUGCACUAAAUCUAAAUAUUGCAUUUUUUUCGUAACUAAACUGCCCAAUGUGACGCUCAGUAAUUUUGAAAAUGUUAACGGCAAACAUUUUUGUAACUAUGCAAUUAUUCGAAAAAUAAUUAUUAAUUAAAUGUUAAAAUUAUA